CUCUCCGAUCCUGGAGAGUAUAACUUGAGUCACCUCGAAAAACUUAGAUACGAACACAUAUGCAUAUGCCGCCGAACAUUUGUUUUGAUAUUUGUGUGUAUAUACACCUUUCUCUUACUUUCGACCAUCGCUUUCUGCUUGUGGUUUUACUUGAACUACACCAGUGAACGAAUGGACAAUAUGAGCAGCAUACAAAGACUGAAACAAAACAACAUUCCUCCAACGGUGUGCGUGCCCUGCCAAAAACUUGCACGGGAGACCAAAGCUGAUAUCUCGCUAUUAAAAACUUAUACGGAUCGAAAUGUAUGCAAAGUUCGCACUGAUCUAACCAAACCGCUGGUCCUGAACCUUGAGGGGAGUAUCUGUACCAGCAACGCAUCUGAAAUUACGGAACUGAUGAAGUCGGUGGUCGUGGCAGAGUUCGGUCGUGACUUUCAUCACAAACAGAACGACAUGGAAGAAAAAAUCACUACAAUCCAAGAACGCCUUGACGCGCUAGGCCAUAUAAACAGUUCCAGACCUUUAAAUAUACCGCUGGUCACUCCGCUGCCUAGGACAACGACCACGAAGCGUCCAGCACCUGUGGCUCACGUCAUCGGCACGUGCAGUAAAACGUCUCCGGGGACACGAGGUUCUGAUUGCGAAUUACACUGGGAAGAUGACCCAAGCAGCUCACAAAGCCACAUUAAUAAGGGCGGCGUGACGCUGGAAGAUGGCUACCUAAAGGUUCCUCGUCCCGGUUACUACUACGUCUACAGUCAACUCUGUUUCAACGUGCAAACAAAUCGGCAAGGCCACGCCACGUUCGAACACUUUCUACAGAGAAACUGUGCAAUUCCCUUAUCGGACAACCGUCAUAUCUUGUUCCAAAACUGGAAGCACAUCAACCUGCAGACCAGUCACGAACACUGCAGUUACCUUGGCGGCGUGGUCGAAAUGGUCAGAGGGUGUGGGGUGGUGGUCACUGUUACAGGUGGCCAGUUCUUGACCCCUAAUAAGCAUAUGAAUUACUUUGGUCUGUAUUUCAUCGAGGGUAAAGAACAGAUGUAAGGGGGAGACCAGUGUGACGUCAAAACCAGUGUGACGUCAAAAACUAGCGUGACGUAAAAAUGCUGUCCCAUCUUUUCAUGACAGCUAAGAGAAAAGGGAGCCUUUUUAAUCGAGAGGAGGGCAUACCAUUUUAUUGCGCUCGCGCAUGUUGUGUAUUGCCGUAAAAAAAUCUACAUUUUAGUCUCCUGCACAUUGCUCAUGCAUUUUUUUCUAAGGUAGUCUAUCUGUCAUAUUUUAAGGCUGGUAGCUAUCUGAAAAUGAUUAGUAUUACCCACGUCGCUUUUUUAUUUGAUAUAAGACAGACUGUAUAUUUUUUGGUAUAACGUUUUCUUUUUUUAAUUUUUCAUAACGAACUGGGCAGAGUUUACAUCUUGCCUUCAGCUUAAAAACCCGGCCAAUACUUCAUGUCCACUGUAUAUUUCACAAUGCCCUCUGUCCAGUAGUUGUGGUCAGUGUCACAUGUCCAGUAUCAGAGGUCAGUUGGACGAGUCACAACACUGUGGUCAGUCAUCCAUGCCCCAUGAUUCAUAAUAUAAGUCACAUUCAUGUUUGAGAUGGCAUCGCUUUAAUUGUACGACAACAGUAGAUGCUGCCGAGAUUGUAUAUGUUAUAUUGGUGCUUAAGACAUUUAUCAUAUGUGUUUUAAAAAUUACACGCUUCUUUGUGGAGGUGCGUGGAUGGGGUGUGGAUGGGGGUAGAUAGGUCAUUGAUUCACACAGGGUAAUUUAACAUGGGGUAUAACGAUGUUGUUUAGAGCCCCUGUUACACCGGCUUGCCACUGCUUCAUGGAAGUUGAAUUUUAUUUAGUUCAUAGUCACAAAUACGUUACACGUUACAAAGGAAAAUUUGAAUGAAUUCACUCAGAUAUAUCGGCUGGAUGUAUGACUUUGAUGUUGGCUAUUAAAAUUUUGCCCUUGAAUCAACUUUAAAGGGUGAAACAUUGGGGGAAAAUCGUAAGCGGUCGGUAGUCCGUAGGCUAAAAAUAGACGCAGGCCGUCCUUUUUGCCUUUGCUUCCAAGUUGUAAUUCUAUAUAAAUUAUUCUGUGAUGGAUGUUAAUAUUUUGUAAAUAAGGUCAUGUACAAUAUGAUAUAAAUGCAAGAGUGGACGGUAGAGCACAUAGAUAAAAGUGAAAAAAUAAAAUUAUGUGACUCAUCGUAAGUGUUCAUAUUUUGAAUGAGCAGUAUAUAUUAUAUUUCAUAUGAUUUUAUAUAGAAAACUGGUCAACAAUACCAAAAGGAAAUGCAAAGACAUAGUUUUUAGGAAAUGUAAAGAAUAAAUGAACAGACAAAAAAAAAAUGUAGACUAGCUAGGGAGAAGAUCGAGAGUGCAAACA